AUGCAACUCUUACCGUUUACCUUAGUCUGCCACCAUACCACACUCUCACUCACCACUUCCACCAGCACAACCGCAACCGCCGUUCUCAUCCCACCGCUCACUCCGUCGCAUCUCAUCCCAUCCAUGCCCCUACCCUCUCUCCAAUCCAAACCUGUCCAAACGUAUUCGCUGGCCCACCCUGGCCAAGUCCCCGUUCCAGUUCCCAGUGUUCCAGUUCAAGUUCCGGGGGUCGUCAGACAAGAGAGGGUGUGUAUCUACGCCCUGUGUGUAUGGAGGUGUACGUGUGUGUGUGAAUGCUCGUGUGGUAAGAUAGUGCGCGUGUGUGUGUGUGUGUGUGUGUGUGUGAGUGAAGCUCUGUCUCGUUGUCUCUGA